AUGGCAACGUUUGAGUCUCUAGCUGAGCCCAGCUACGACAAGCACAGCAGCGAUGGCAACGUCGAGACUUGGUCGCCGGCCUUAAGUAGGGAUGGAACACUGCACGAAGAGCACGAUGAUUUGGAUCUCCAUCUCCCUGAGAUACGAAGGAGCAGGCUGGCGACACUCCAUCGAGCUGCGAUGGCAGUCUUCGUUAUUCUACCAUCCCCUCUAAUGGCCUUGGUGGGGAACAACUAUCCUUCGACAAAUACUAAGGAUUUUGGAUCGACGACAUAUCUUCUGGGUCUGCGAGGAAUGGCAUCUUUCUUUGUCUUUAUCGAACACUUCGCCAUGCGCUCUUACAGCGACCUUAUACGAGAAUAUGACCAACCGACGUUCCUGCAACUUCCCGGAAUCCGCCUCAUUUACUCUGGUCCCGCAUGGGUGAAGAUGUUCUUUAUUCUUUCAGGCUUUGCAUUAUCAGUCACGCCGAUUGAAAUUAUGUACGAAAGAGACUGGGACCGCUUAUUCCAUACAGUCGCAUCCGCAUUCUUCCGCCGCGGCUUUCGAAUAUUUAUACCGACCAUUGUCGCAGCCUUGUUUGUCAUGAUUGGUGUUCGACUCCGCCUCUAUGAGGUAUCAAAUGUGUUCGCUGCCAGUGUCGGACUUGGGUAUCCGAUCCGUCGACACACUUUGAUUGAACAGUUUGCAGAUCUAGUCGAAUAUCUUCUCGGCAUAAUCAUCUAUCCUUGGGGUUGGCUAAAACCACUUUCCAAUAUCACGCGGUCUGUGUAUUCGGCGACGUUCUGGACGAUCCCAAGGGAAUACUGGUCUUCCUUGCAAAUUUUCGCAUUGACCAUAGCGCUAAGCCGGCUGAAGCCAUCAGCGAGGAUAUUCACGUUGGUCAACAUGGUUCUCUACGCAGGAUGGGCCAAUCGUGGAGACCUGUCCUGCUUCCUCGUCGGUAUGCUCUUCGCAGAGUUCCACAUUCGCAAGAAGCUAUUCGGUGCCAGCCAAAACAAUAAUAUCGACAUGGGUGGCCGCUCAGCAGCCUUCAAGAUCAUCCGCAGUGGCCUCUGGACCCUGGUCCUGGUCAGUGGCAUUUGGCUGGCCUCUAUUCCCAUCGCACAGGGUGAUUACGGUUCUUCGACACCAGGGUACCGAACGAUCUCCAAAAUCAUCCCUCUUAAUGACAACGUCAUGUCCAUCGGCAUGGCCCUCAUGCUUCUAGGGAUCUACAAACUGCCCCUGCUGCAGGCUUUCUUCAGUAGCUCCUUGAUGUGCUACCUCGGGGACAUAUCAUUCUCGUUGUAUCUUAUCCACUGGCCGAUCCUAGCAGCCGGAGCUUGGAACAUGGUCCCAGUAAUGCAGACGGUAACGAGAGGUCAAAAAGAGGUGGGGUUUCUUUUGGCACUGAUGAUCACUACGCCGUUGAUGCUUUGGGCUUCGGACCUCUUUUGGCGCCUUGUCGACCUUCCGAGCAUUCGAUUUGCUAAGCGGUUAGAGAAGCAGCUCAUUGUUUCGUAG